AUGACAUCCCCUCCUCAGUGGAAGAUUCAGCUGCUGGAGAGGAAGCGAAGGGAUGAGGAAGAGGGAAGGCGCAAGGAGAAGGAAGAGCAGGAGAGGCUGGCCAGAAUUCCGGCCUGGAAGAGGGAGAUCAUCGAGAGGAGGCGGGCCAGGCUGUGCCCUGGGACAUCGCCAUUGGAAAUACAGGCUGAGGGUCAGGCUGGGUCUAGCCCGAUGGGCUCUGCAGCCAAGACUGGGACUGAUGGGAUGGAGCCUGAGGCCUGCGUUGCCGUGGCGACGGACAGCGUGGUGCUGCGGGAGAACAUUGGGCCCCUGCGCCAGAAUCACUUCAUUCAGCGGGAGAAGCAGAGGAAGGGAGGUUCGGAGCUGGAGCAGGCCCCUCUGGGAGUCCCAGGGACCGAGGUGACCUGUCACACCCCAGGGGUGACAAUCAUACAGGCAGACGACAUGACCAUCAUCGAAUCUGGGCCCAGGCUCCCAGGCACCGGGGAGAAGCUGCCGAGCGUGAACGGCCUGCCUGGUCAGCAGGGGACUUGUCGGCCUGAUCUCCGGUCCCCCUUGAGCAGGAGCGUGGAGGAUCUGAACUCCUUUGGGAAGUGCCGAGCGGAGGUGGGAGAGGAGGGCCCCGGACGGGGAAGGGUCAGCCGCCUACUGUGCAGGUUCGGCCAGCGGGGGCGCACCUGGGUGGCCGGGGUUGGCGGGGGAGAGGACGAGGCGGAGGCUCUGGCGGCACGGCCAUCUCGGUCCCGCAGCACCGAGAACAUUCUGGAGCGCCCGGGCCGCUCAGGGGCACCCUCUGCCCCACCGCGGAGCCCUCAUGCCCCGCGCCGAGGACGCAGGCCCCAGUCCCGCUCUCCCCCCACCACCUCCCCUCCGCGCACGGUCUCCACCUCCUGCAGCCGCUUCGAGGCCCGGUUGGCGACGGAGACCCCAGGCCGAGCCGGCAAUGAGGAGGAGGCCCAGCCCGCUAGGCCGGGGUCCCGGGGGAUGGUUGGGGAGGGAGGAGGAGGAGGACGCCCCAGGCCUGGUUCUGUGGGCAGCGGGAGGCGGGAUCCAGACUCAGGCCCUGGCGUAGCAAGGGACGGCAAGGCUGAACCCAGGGAGGCCCAGGCUCUGGUUGAUGGCCAGGCCGCGCCCUCCAAGCAGCAGCAGCAGGAGGAGGAGGAGGCCGAAGCCUCCGUCCUCCUCCCCCACCCACCCUCCCCCAGCGACGUAAACACUCUCGGCUCCUCCAGGCCACAGCAGCCUGUCAGUGUGGCUUCCUCUUCCUGUGCAGAGCAGGCCCCUGCUGCUUCCUGCGUUCCUGCUGUUGCUACUGCUGGCGCAGCGACAGACCGGAGACGCACCGGAGAGGCUGGACCCCAGGGCGGGACGCCUGAGCUAGGCCCGGACAGGGCCCCCUUCCCCGAGCCCAGGCCGGAUCCAGACACCAGUCGGGGGGGGCCAAGCAGCAACAUGAGCAGGCCGCAGCCUCCCACUGUGGGCCCCCGGGAAGCCAGGCUUCCGGCCUUCCCCGUCCGAGCCAGCUACGGAGGAGGAGGGGGGGGAGUGGUCACCCAGGAGACAGAGGGUGCCAACGACGGAGGGCGGGGGCGGCAGGGUACCCUGUCGCCCGUGCCCUCGAGGCCAGGCCCCGGGGCGGCGUCGGAGGACGGCGAGGGGAGGCUGCAGCCUACCUUCUCUCCCGGCCCCCAGCGCAAGUCAGGGAGAACCAUCACCAUCAACCCCCGCAAGAUGGCAGCCAACAAGACCCCGUCUCCCGGCAACGCCACGACAACAGAGAACGGCAUCUCGGGGACGCCGCCCGCUGGCUCGCCCGCUGCCCCAGCAAAGAAACGGUACCCGACGGCUGAGGAGAUCCAGGUGAUCGGCGGCUACCUGACGCUGCAGAGGUCAUGCCUGGUCAAGUCCGGCGUCAGCCGAGGGAAGCACAAUCCGUUCUAUUGUCCUCCCCGUGUGGGGAAGAAGGAGGCCUCUCCUUCAUGCCGGCCAUUCCGAACAGUUCCCGGAGAGCUCGCAAUCUGA